UUACCACAUUUCUGCUGGAUGUUGCUCUUUAGCCUUCCCUUCAAUAUAACAUUAGAACUCAAAAUCAGUUUCAAACUUUCUUCAAUUCUUAAUCACAGGGUUCCGAUUUUUUCCAUUUACCAAAGAUUAAAUUCUUUUGUUAUCCUCUGCAACCACACUGUGUUCCAAAAGUAUAAAGUUUUCCUUAAUCCUCUUCAAAUUUUCAAAUGGGUGUAAACUGUAAGUGAAAAGAUUGUAGAUAAGCAUUUGGGUGUAUUGUAUAUGUCGCGUACCUCAAUACAUCUAGUAUUUUAACCCCUCCAAUUUUCAGGAUUUUUAGCAAUAAUUUCUGUUUAAAUAUGCUUAGUUUAAGGUACCCAUCUUAUAUGAUUUCUCCUAGUUUGGAUUCUUUUCAUCUUUCCGGCAGUUGCAGCUCUAGAAAUGUGAUUGUUUGUGAAUUAAAAGGACCAAGACCCAGAUAUCCUAGAGUAUGGAAGAGCCGGAAGAAAAUUGGGACAAUAUCUAAGUCUAAAAAGCUUGUUGACUGUGUGAAAGAAUUGUCAAAUGUUAAAGAAGAAGUAUAUGGGGCUCUUGAUGCUUUCAUUGCUUGGGACUUAGAGUUUCCUUUAAUCACUGUGAAGAAAGCAUUGAAGGUCCUAGAGGAUGAAAAGGAAUGGAAGAGAAUUAUUCAGGUUACAAAGUGGAUGCUAAGCAAAGGUCAAGGAAGGACGAUGGGAAGCUAUUAUACAUUACUGAAUGCAUUAGGGGAGGAAGACAGACUUGAGGAGGCUGAAGAUCUUUGGACAAGAUUGUUUUCGGAAAAUCUGGAAAGCACGCCUCGCAUGUUCUUUGACAAGAUGAUCAGCAUUUACUAUAGCAGAGAUAUUCAUGACAAGAUGUUUGAUUCCCACUUGCACGCUACAAUCCUUUUUUUUAGGUGCUUUCACAAUGGAAUGAGUGUUGUUUCGGUAAGAGGUUUCAUCUCUUGCUUCAUGGAUCCUAGCCAAUUGCUAGCACCCGUUGAAGCCGUAACUUCUGUAUACGAGUUGGGAGCAUCAAUGUCCUCCACCUUAUCAGCAAACAGUUUUUGCUGACAUGGAAGAGCUGGGUCUUCGUCCUACGACUUCAAUAGUUUCAAAGGUGGGAAACGUCUUUAAAAAGCUUGGGAUGAUGGACAAAUAUGAAAAGUUGAACCGAAAAUAUCCACCACCUAAAUGGGAAUAUCGUUACAUCAAGGGAAAGCGUGUUAGAGUUCGAGCUAGGCGACCAGAUGAAUUUUCCGAUGAAGAUGGUGCUAGACAGAUCAGUGAACGAGGAGAGUCUAAUGAUAGUGGUACGACUGUUAGUUCUUGUGAGGAGGAAGAUGAGGAGGAGCCAGAUGGUAUUUCAUUUUUGUAAGAUCUGUAUGGAUAUAGCCAUAUAGGCUAUAGUGUGGUUAGCUGAUGGUGUACAUAUAGCACAAUAUUCAACAUGAAGUAUUGAUGUAAUAGAUAGUAUGUAAUUCAGCCCAAAACUUGCAUUUCAGAAAAUACAAAUUCAUAUUCAACUAGUACAGCAAAUCCUAAUUCCUUGCUUAGGUGGUUGGAUGUGAAAAUAAAAUUUGUGGUUUGCCAAGGUUGGAUGUGAUAAUAAAAUUUGUGGUUUGCCAAAGGGGGUGAACUUCAUAUUUUAACAAUCAAUUUCGUGGUUUUCUAAAGGAUCACUUACAUAUGACUGUUGAUUAUAGAUAGUUAGAGGUGUUCAAAACAGAUCUGAUCAGACUUCAAAAAUGAUUUAUAAUGAUGUAAAAAACAUUAUGAACCAAAACCC